UUCUUCUCGGCUCUACUAAUUAUUCCAUUGUUUAACUUCGGACUUGAAUACCCGAAAACGUAUUAUUGAUUUCGUUCAUUAUUCCACAAGAACACAUUAGAGUCGAACAUUCGGUCCUAGACCCAAUUUAUCGUCGCUAAAACAUGGCGCAGGCAUUCAAAAUUCAGCCUUCGGGAAGCAAGCCUGACCUUAGGAAAGUUGCGGAAGAAACCAAAGCUCUGCUCCCUGGUGUGCUGGCAUUGAAACCUCAAGCUCCUCCAAAUGGACACUACUGCCCCUAUGCUAAAAUGGCACCGCUGGAUCCUAAAUACCACCCAAACCUGGUUGCGAAAGUCAGUGUCAUCAAUGGAGACACGUUUGAUACAGCGAGAAGCCUUUCAAAUCCAGCGAAUUUCAACUCCCACCACGCAAAGCAUGUAUGCGUCUUGAACAUGGCCAACCAGGUGUCAGCGGGAGGUGGCUGGCUGAACGGAGCCAUGGCCCAGGAGGAAGAACUCUGCUAUCGAAGCAGCCUCAGCUUUACCCUCAAGAGACGCCACUACCCUAUGGGGACGUGCGACGUUUUGUAUUCGCCAACCGUCGUCGUUUUCCGCGACAAUUACAGCAAAGGCCACAGACUGAUGAACUUACAGAAGCCUGAGCAACUCCCUGUUGUCAGCGUGAUCAGUGUGGCUGCAGUCAGAGAUCCGGAGUUGAACCACGGCCCCGUUCUGCCUAGAUAUCGAUACGCCGCCGAUCGAGACUUGAUGAAAACCAAGAUGCGCUCUGUUCUCCGCGUGGCGGCUUUUAAUAGACACCGGAAGCUUGUAUUAGGUGCACUCGGCUGCGGAGUUUUCGGAAAUCCGAACAACGAGGUCGCGGACUGUUGGAUGGAAGUUCUGCAGGAAAACGAGUUUCAGGGCUGGUGGGACACUAUUGCAUUCGCAGUUCUGGACAACAUGACUGGCCCCGACUCGAAUUUCCAGGUCUUUUACAAUAAAUUGCACGGACUUAGGGUGUGACCAAUAGCUAUCGAGCGAUCCUUUUUGCAUGACUAGCACCUUAUAAACACCCGAAAAUAUGCUAGGGGAAUCCGCAUUAUGUUCGUUCAAAUAUAGCAUACAAAGAUAGAUUUCCAAACGACGGGCUGGACUUAUUUCCGGAGGCGCGUAGAGCGUCGGCGU